CCGGGCCGGGCUGUGGCGCAGACACGUCACCGGGCCGCCGGGACCCGCCCGCUCCCGCCGCCGCCGCGCAUGCGCCAGGGGCGCCUCACGCACACGGUGCGGGCGGGGCCGGACUCCGGCCGCGGGGAGGCCUCGGCUGCGCCAGGAGCGGAGACAGGAAAAGAUGUUUUCCAGAGGCUACUGACCCCAGACUUCCCAAAGACCUGCUUCAGCAGACCUGGAAUGGCCAGUCAACAAGCAGAAGUUCAGAGUUUGAAACUAGAUAAGGAUUCGGUUAUAGAAGGAAUAAGUGACCAGGUACUGGUGGCUGUUGUGCUCAGUUUCACUUUCAUUGCUGCUCUGGUGUAUAUGCUUUUAAGAAAUGAGCACCAGAACAUUCAUCCAGACAACCAAGAGCUAGUGAGGGCACUUCGGCAGCAGCUUCAAACAGACCAGGAUGCAUCUGCUAGUGAUAGACAUCGUUUCUAUACUGACAUGUCCUGUCCAGUCUGUUUACAGCAGGCUACGUUUCCCAUUGAAACAAACUGUGGACAUCUUUUCUGUGGUGCCUGCAUUAUUGCGUACUGGAGGUAUGGCUCGUGGCUCGGUGCUAUCCGUUGCCCAAUCUGCAGACAAACGGUAACAUUGUUUUUACCACUCUUUGGUGAAGAUCAGCAGGAUGCAGCACAAGUGCUUCAAGACGUUAAUGAUUACAACCGGAGAUUCUCAGGACAGCCCAGAUCUAUUAUGGAAAGAAUUAUGGAUUUACCCACUUUACUGCGGCAUGCUUUCAGGGAGAUGUUUACUGUAGGGGGCCUUUUCUGGAUGUUCCGUAUCAGAAUAUUCCUCUGCCUUCUAGGAGCUCUGCUCUAUCUGGCUUCACCUCUGGAUUUUCUUCCUGAAGCCCUCUUUGGAAUUCUGGGAUUUUUAGAUGAUUUCUUUGUCAUCUUUCUGCUGCUGAUAUACAUCUCUAUCAUGUACCGAGAAGUGAUAACGCAGAGACUGAAUAGAUAAUGAGUGGAAACAACCGUGACUCAGACGUUUGUGUAGAAAGCUGAACAAAGGGACCCAUGACACAGUAUGACGUAGUAAAUCACCUGUAUAAACUUUCAGUUUUUGAAUUUAAUAGCUUAUAGUCAAUUAUUUUAUGCAAAUGUGAGGGGUUAAAAUGUGGUGAUGCUUAACUGGAAUUUUUAAUUUGUGUGUUACAUACGCUUAAAUAUUGAAGAGGUUAGAUUUAUGAUGUAAUAAAUUACCUACAUCUGCUUACA